AGCCAGGAGACGUGACCCACCGCCCUGCAGAGAGGGUCCCACAGAUUCCCACAGAAUGAACCACGUGACCGCGCUGCUCCUGCUCCCGCUGCUGCUCAGUGCCAGCGCCUCCUAUGACUCCGAGCCCAACGACUCCCAGCUGGGCAGCAGGAAGGGCAGGCUGGCACCGCACAGCUCAGUAGAGGUUGUUCGCUGCCUGAAUGGAGCACUGCAAGUGGGAUGCGGAGCCUUCGCCUGCCUGGAGAACUCCACCUGUGACACAGACGGAUUGUAUGACAUCUGCAAGGCUUUUCUCUACAGUGCUGCCAAGUUUGACACUCAGGGCAAGGUGUUUGUGAAGGAAAGCCUAAAGUGUAUAGCCAAUGGGAUCACAUCCAAGGUGUUCCUGUCCGUCAGGAGGUGCUCCAGUCUACAGAGGAUGAUCUCCGAAGUACAGCAGGACUGUUACACUAAGCUGGACAUCUGCACUGUGGCGCAGUACAACCCAAGCGCCAUCACUGAGGUGGUGCAUCUCCCGCAGCACUUCUCCAACAGAUAUUAUAACACGCUGCUGCGUAGCCUUCUGGACUGCGAUGAAGAAACUGUCUCUGCUGUGAGGAGCAAUCUGAUGGAACAGAUCGGACCCAAUCUAGCCAGCCUCUUCCAGGUCCUGCACGGCGAUAAGUGCUCCCACAUCCAGCCCCGAAUGGACUUUAACCGUAAGAGAAAUAUUGAGCCCCAGAAGUUGCGGAUAUACCUCCGUAAUCUCCGAGGGGAAAGCUCAGUUACUGACACUCAGGGAUCUGCAGAAGACGACUAGCAUUGCUGGAGCUGAAAGCCAAGCUUGGAAGGCUUUAGAAAUAGAAGAUUUCCCCCUUACUGGAUAUAAAUUAUGUUUUAAAUGCAAUCUUAGGCCCCAGGUUAGCUGAUUACAGUAUUGGAGUAUAUAGAGAAUAUGUAUUUAUAUAAAUCUCCGCAGAUGCCUUUUAUUCCAUGAUGCUCAGGCAACUGGGCAUGGAAAGCACUUACAGUUAAAUACCUACACAUUUCAAUUGCAAUUGGCCGACCCUACAGCUUCAUGGCCAUUACAAGGCCACAAUAAAAUAGUGACUAUAACCAAAUACUGAAUUAUUAUCAUGAUGACUUUUUGCAGAAGAAUUUUAAGCAAACUGGGCAGGGCCUAGGCAAAUCAGUGAUAUUAUCCUUUAUAAAAUUGAUAAGGGCACAGACUGGGCAGGGUGGAGAAACACCCAUAUUCACCACUGCCACCUCCCAUUUACUUCAACAGGACAUUGGUGACAUAAUGGUACUGGUGCUUUUCAGCCCAAAAAUCAUUCUAGUAAGCGUUAUUGGGCUGAAAUCUUUAGCGCCAUUGCUAUUAUGCAUUUCCUAUUGUGAAGAAUCAGAAGCGGCAUUGAUGAAUUUGGGCACCAUAACCUGAAUUUGGUUUCCAUACCUGUCAGUGUCAGCUGCCAUGUUUUAGAUAUUUAACUCCCCCAGAAUAAAAUGUGUGCCAUCAACCUAAAGGCCAUACCAUAAACCAGUUUGUAACCUUUCUUCAUAAUGGAUACUAUACCAUUAUACAACCAUCAGGGAAGGAAACAUUACUAUUUCUGCUGGUUAUUGCUGGGAGACUGAACAUACAGGCCUCCACUUGUUGAGCUGCCAUUAAAGGGACAAAUGCUACUGAAAACAAUUAGGGCAUUACAGUGGGAGUAAGAGUUUGUUGUAUUAGUGAACUUGAAUUGUUUCAUUGUUAAUUAAACAAAUACCCGAGAAAUAAAUUAUAUAUUUAUCAUUC